GGGUAACAGACACAACGUUGCCUUGGCAAUCUCCGAACUAUAAUUUGUGCUAAAUUGGUGUUGCCCACUCGAGCUUUCUCUUUUCUUUCGUCAACAUCCCAUGCCAUCGAAAGCCCUUGCAUCGGCUGAAGACAAGAACAAAGUUCGGCGGGCACUGCCCAACUCGAAAAUCUAUGCAGCUACCGUUGCGCGCCUUUACGUUUCUUACCCUAAUCCGCAUAAAUGGGCCUACUCCAACAUUUGGGGUGCCGUCGUUUUUCUCAAGGAUAAGAAAAAGAAAUCACUUUAUUUCAAAAUUGUAGAUUUGAUGCAUCCUCGGGACAUCUUGUGGGAACAAGAAUUAUAUGACGGAUUUGAGCUGGAUAUGCAAACGCCUUUCUUUUUCGCAUUCGCAGGCGACGAAUACAUGUGUGGAUUGUCCUUUGCCGAUACAGCCGACGCUUCUGUGUUUUACACCAAGGUCACUGGUCGCGAACCCGUUGCCCCUUCCAAGAAGAAAAAGGCUUCCAACAACAACAACAACAACAACAACAACAAAAAGAAAGAUAAUGGCAAGAAAUCCAAAGUGGAUAAGACGCAAAUCGGUUUGCCAUCAGAGUUCCGGCAUCUCGGCCACAUUGGAUAUACCCCAGAGAAAGGGUUCAGCGUACAGAACACGGACCCGGAGUGGGAUGGAUUGUUUGACCAGCUGCAGUCAUUGGGCAUAUCAGCACAGGAGAUCACCGAGAACCAGGACUUCAUCAAGAGCUUUGUAAAUCAGCGUGGUGGCCCACCGCAGCCACCUGCUAGAACACACAAUGCGACUCCCAAGACACCCACUUCGAGACCACCUCCUCCACCUCCUCCUGCGCGUCGCACGGCCCCUCCACCCCCUCCUGUUGGUGGUAAGUAACACCGCCUUAUUAUUAUUCAGUCAGUAAACGAGGGAAACAGUGCUAAAGAAAGGUAUUACAACUAGGCCGUCGUCCCCCUCCACCUCC